AUCGUUGCAGUAGUUGUCAACCAACUUCGGCGAAUCCAGUACAAGAUCGAGUGUUUGUUUAAACAGAAGUUUAAUUUUCACGAUCGAUUUGAAAACAAAUUUAAAAAGCGUGGGUGUAAACAUACCAUACUCAAAUAAUGGUCGAUUACAGCAAGUGGAAGGAUAUUGAAAUUUCAGACGACGAAGAUGAUACUCAUCCUAACAUUGAUACACCAUCCUUGUUUAGAUGGCGUCAUCAAGCAAGAUUGGAACGAAUGGAAGAAAGAAAACGGGAACAUGAGGAACAUGAAAGGAAAAAGGCAGAACAUAAGCAAAAACUUAAAGAUACAAAAGAAAAGCUUGCGAGGUUAGAGAGCGAGCAAAAGGAUUCCGCCGAUUUAACCGCGUUAAAAAAAGUUUUGCAAGACCUUGAAGAAGAAGAGAAACAAAUUAAAGCGAGAGAAGAUGAAAUGAAUAAAAAGGAAAAGUUGACACCAUGGAACGUAGAUACGAUUGGUCAAGAUGGGUUUACAAAAACUGUAAUAAACACAAAACCAGCACGAAGUGACGACGAUUCUGGUUUCUCAGAUGAAGAGAAGGAGAAAAGAAUGAAGCAAUUCGUAAAAGAAAAUGAAAAAAAGUUAAAAGAAUUCGGUAUGCUUAGAAGAUACGACGAUAGUAAGAAAUUUUUGUUGGAUAAUCCGCAAAUAGUUUGUGAGAAUACGGCAAAUUAUUUAGUUAUUUGGUGUAUUAAUCUAGAAAUGGAAGAAAAACACGACUUAAUGGAACACGUGGCUCAUCAAUGCAUAUGCAUGCAAUAUAUAUUGGAAUUAUCGAAACAACUAGAUGUUGACCCUAGAGCUUGCGUUAGUUCCUUUUUCAGCCGUAUACAAAUUGCAGAAGUAGAAUACAAAAAUUCUUUCGACGACGAACUUAGAGCAUUUAAGGAUAGAAUAUGCAAACGUGCUGCCGAGAAAGUUGCAGAUGCACUUAGGGAAGCAGAAGAAGAAGAAAGAAAAGCAAGGCUUGGGCCCGGUGGUCUUGAUCCGAUUGAAGUUUUUGAAAGUCUUCCAAAGCCCUUACAAAAAUGUUUCGAAGCACAAGACAUACCGUUACUGCAACAAACAAUAGCUGCCAUGCCAGAAGAAGAAGCCAGAUAUCAUAUGAAACGUUGUAUCGAUAGUGGUCUUUGGGUACCAGAUGCUAAAGCUAAAGAAAAAGAAGAACAAGAACAGAAAGAAAAUGAAGAAACCACGGGUACACCCGAUCCAGAAUAACACUUUGAACUGAGCUCCGCUUUUGCAUCUAUAUUUUUUGUUUUUCUCUUUGUUAAGAUACUGCUUGACUUAAGUCAUAUUUUAUAGAUUUACAAUAGAUUAAUUAAAAUAAAAUUAUUUGCAGCAGAUAAAA